AUCCUUUAUAUCUAGUCCCCUUACUCUCAACAUCCCCAUCAUUUUCCUCUUUCCAUUUCAAUUCCCCUUUUCUAAAGUUGAACGUGUGUUGUCUUUCUCAAGCUAUUUCUUUUUACCCACUUUAUUAUUCCUAUUAUGGUACGGAGUAUAAGAAAAUUAGAUUGAAAACGACGGAACAAACUUGUGAACGUACAACGACUUCGUGGAAUAAUUAAAGCACUUGAAAAAUAAAAGUUUACUUCAAAAACUAAAAAAUAGUCUCCUACAAUUUAUUUUUUUAAUUUUUUUAUUGAGAGUUCCCUUUCAAAUAAAAUAGCCUAGUGUUAAUAUACAACUACACAUAAAUCAAGGGCACGUGCGAUCAUACCAACACUAUUACACCGGUCGAUUUCCAUCAAAACUAUACAGAAAUCAAGGGUGCGAUCAUACCAGCACUACUGCACCAGAUCCCACCAUGUUGAACCCCUCUACUUUCUCUAAUAUUAAUAAUACUACUACUUCUACUAGUCCAAUUCUUGAUGUGGACAAUAUAUUUAGCUACCUUGUUGAUGAUUUAAACCCUAACAAUUCCAAGCAACAAGAUUUUCUUCCAAAUCAUGUUUUUACUACAUCUUACUAUCAUCAUCAUCAUCACUUGCCUUCUCCUUCAAUCUACAACAAGAUCAACUACGAUAAUUUUCUUAGCAACCAUGAACUCGAAUUCCUCCAACAAUCUUUCGAUGAUUCACCCAUUUUAGAGGAGGAUGAUUCAAACAACAAGGUUGAAGAUCUCGAAAUCGAUGAAAAAGUUGAAAAUAACAAUGUUGAAAUGAAUCACACUACCAUAAACUCAACUACUAAUAGUAAAACCAGUGUUAGUCGACGUUGUCAUGUGAUGAAAAAGAAGAAGAAAACGUCGAAUAAAGAUCGGCAUAGUAAGAUUAAGACCGCUCAUGGGCUAAGAGAACGGAGAAUGAGGCUAUCACUUCAAGUUGCACGACCGUUCUUUAACCUACAAGAUAUUUUAGGGUUUGAUAAAGGUAGUAGAACUCUUGAGUGGUUGUUGAUGCAAUCUAAGUCGUCUAUUGAGGAGAUUGCUCAAAGGAAACAGUUGCAAGGAAGCGGCCGCCCUUCCGCCGCCUCCGGUGGUGGUGGUGGUGGUGAUAACGGCGGCGAGAGUACUCCUAAGAAGAUGAUGAUGAUGAUGAAGAAGAAGAAAGGUAGUUCAAGUUCAACAUGUGAUAAAGAAGAUGAUGAUGAAACUAAGCCAAAGAGGACUAUGACAAAAGAGAAAAGGAAGGUGGCAAGAGAAAGGGCAAAGAUGAGGACUUUAGAAAGGAUGCAAAGUAAGGAAGAUUAUCAUGGAAUUGGAAGUACUCAAUUGCCUUUAUCAUCAACCAACAAGCUAGCUAGGCUUUGAAGUUUCUUAAUUGAAGUGGUCCAAGUAUAACAAGAAAAUAAGCAUAUCAAGCUGGUCGUCCUAGCUGGCUGAAAUGGCCUCUAUAUCUCUUCUUCGUUUUUAACAAGGUUUAUAGUGUUAGGAUGAUUCACUUCCUAUAGUAGGCAUGGGGAGUAUGUAUUGGGUAUUCGAUUGGUAUGGUACUAUGUACAUCAGUACAUGUACGCAUAGUGUAUGGUAACUUUUUUGUGUUCAUUAGUAUUUUUUAUUUACUAAGUUAUCAUGUUUAAAGUUAUGGUAUCUAGUGCUACCUUAAUGGAUCUCUCCUAUUAUACUAUAAUUUUAUGAUUUUAUGAUUGUUGUAAGUUGAUUCCUUUAAAAAUAAAAUGAUUGUUGCACCUUGUAAAA